AGAGAGAGUCUAGCCAGAAGGACUGUUCCCGGGCGGGCGGCGCGCGGGCGCGGGUUUGAUUUCUGAGCCCUAUAAAAGCCCAUCCUCCGACGGCUGUGACAAUGUGGUCGUAAACCCGUCCGGGGCCGGCCAAUUUGCAUAUUUGGAAUGCGCCGCUAUAAACCCGGCUGGGGUUUUGCAGCAAUUUCUUAGAUGUAAAAGUGAGAUCUCUUUAGCAGCGGGCUGGGCACAUUCCCUGCCGGCCUCUGCCUGGAGCCUGCUGCUCGCGGCCGGCCCGGGUCUGACUUCGGGCCCGGCGUAGGCGCGCAGCCGCCACGAGAGGGCGCACUUCCGAUCAAUGUCAAAGCCGCCGGCGAGCCGGGGAGCCCAGCGCGAUUCCUGGCCUUUGUUCGCUUCUGAUACUAAGAGCAGCACGUUACAUUAUUUCACUUGUCCCGUUCCCUUUCCUACCCAACAAGGGGUGCUCACCUGCAAGAAGUGGUUGGUGGUGUAAUGUAAAGCAGCGCACCUUCUCUAGGCCUCGCGGGCGUCUUGGCGUGGAGAAGCCAGCUGUCCCUUGGCAGUGAUUUCGGAAAUGUGUCAAGGCAACCCCAAAGGCGAGAACUCAGCCAACUGGCUCACUGCAAAGAGCGGCCGGAAGAAGCGCUGUCCCUACACCAAGCACCAGACGCUGGAGCUGGAGAAGGAGUUUCUGUUCAACAUGUACCUUACUCGAGAGCGGCGCCUAGAGAUCAGCCGCAGCGUCCACCUCACGGACAGACAAGUUAAAAUCUGGUUUCAGAACCGCAGGAUGAAACUGAAGAAAAUGAACCGAGAAAACCGGAUCCGGGAGCUGACAGCCAACUUUAAUUUUUCCUGAUGAAGCUCCAGGCCACGGCCGUUUUGUUUUGUUUGGUCCCCCCCCCCUUCCUCCUGCUUCCAGGGAGCGGUUCUGCUCCCUCUGUCUUCGGCCUCUGCCCAGGAACUGGCACCUGUGCGGGAGCCCCGUGGCUCCCUCCCACACCCGCAUCUCGCUGGCCGUGACAUCUGUGCAGGGCUGGUUUGUUCUGACUUUUUAUUUCUUUGUCCGUUGGCUAGGUGCUGGUUUAUUUGUUGUUUUCUGGGGGAAAAAGCCAUAUCGCUCUUAAAUUCUAUAUAGGUAAACGUUGUCCCAGCUGUCAAGCAGUGGGCUGGGGUGGUUUGUCGUCUCCGUGUCCCACUGCUCAACAGGGCCCCUGUUCUCCUGGUGGAGCUGGUGGAGCUGGUUUCCUGCGGGGCCGGGGCAAACCUAGCGGAAGGCCCAGGUCCCCUCGGAGGCGCUGAGGUGUCUGGCCCGAGGUCAAUGGUGCAAGGAGCCGCCACCGGCUCCCUGGCCUGGAGUGCUGGGCUGUGUUUAAUCAGGGGAUGCAGGCCCUCGGUUUCUUCUUUCUUUCUGCGUUGGCAAAGAGAAGGGCUUAUGGGCAUGGGCAUACAGGUUGGCAAAAGGGCUUGACUUUGGCUGAUUGGAAAAUGGAGAGAGUCAGAAAGAUGAAUUUUUCUUUCCUCUGUAAGAUAUCCCAGCUUUGAAAGAAAGAAGAAAGAAAA